AUGACAAGUGAUAACCAAGAAAUUUCGUAUUCAUAUGCUUAUGGAUCUGGUUACGAUUGGGCCGGGUUGCAAUAUGUCCGGUUUAUUGAUUUACUCAGCAAUCGUCUUGAAUACGAUUCAAAUAAAACGGCAUUUAUUAGCGAAUACGAGAAUAUAAUCAAAACAUAUGCCGAUCUGAAUGUUGAUGUAAACAAGCUUGUUAAUCAGUUAUAUGGCCUAGGUUCCAAUAGUUUAUGCCUGCUCAAAGCUUGGGCACGACUGUCACCCCUGAAGACCCGGCUGGCACGACUGGUAAGCCAAAAGGUGCUUGCUUAA